GCCGUCGGGGAUUAGCUCCGUCGGCGCCGCAUCCGCGCCACAUCAGUCGCGGUAGAGGCUAGAGAGAGAGAGGGAGAGAGAGCGGGAGAGCGAGGGAUAGAGAGAGAGAGAUGUGGGUGUUUUACCUGAUCUCGCUGCCCCUGACGGUGGGCAUGGUGGUGUUCACGCUGAGGUACUUCGCCGGGCCGGAGGUGCCCCGGUACGUCCUGCUCACCGUCGGUUACGCCUGGUUUUGCUCCCUCUCCAUCAUCAUCCUCGUCCCCGCCGACAUCUGGACGACAAAUAUUCAUCAUGGUGGUGGAGGCAUUUCAUUCUUCUGGAGCUGGUCAUACUGGAGUACAUUUUUACUGACUUGGGCUGUUGCUCCUCUAAUUCAGGGGUUUGAAGAUGCUGGAGAUUUUACUGUGAAGGAAAGAUUUAAGACUAGCAUACACGUGAACUUAGUCUUUUACCUAAUUGUUGGAUCCAUUGGCCUCAUUGGCAUUAUUCUUCUCAUCAUGAUGCACAGUAAUUGGAGUCAUGAUGUUCUUGGUUUAGCAAUGGCCUGUUCAAACACUUUUGGGCUCGUAACAGGGGCUUUUCUUCUUGGUUUCGGCUUAAGUGAAAUACCCAAAAGCAUUUGGAGAAAUGCAGACUGGACCACCCGACAAAAAGUUCUCUCUCAUAAAGUAGCUAAAAUGGCUGUUAAACUUGAUGAUGCUCACCAAGAACUCUCUAAUGCCAUAGUAGUAGCUCAAGCUACUUCCAAUCAAAUGUCAAAACGUGAUCCUUUGAGGCCUUACAUGGACGUUAUUGCUGAUAUGCUAACUCAAAUGUUUAGAGAAGAUCCAUCCUUCAAACCCCAGGGUGGAAGAUUAGGAGAAAAUGAUAUGGACUAUGAUACAGAUGAGAAGUCAAUGGCAACCCUUAGGCGUCAUCUAAGGGGAGCUCGAGAGGAGUAUUACCGCUAUAAAAGUGAAUAUUUGACUUAUGUCUUGGAGGCGCUUGAACUAGAAGAUGUAAUAAAAAACUAUGAACGCCGAGAUGCCACUGGAUGGAAGUUCAUCUCAAGCCUCAGACCUGCGCGAACUGGACAAUUGGGGGCAUUCUUGGAUACUAUGGAAUUUAUCUGGCGUUGCAUUUUGAGAAAGCAGCUUCAAAAAAUCUUUGCUAUCUUGCUUGGGAUAAUGUCGGCUGCAAUUCUGUUAGCAGAGGCAACUUUGCUCCCUACGGAUGUUGAUCUCUCUCUCAUCUCAAUCCUUAUUAAAUCGGUUGGGGAGCAAGAGUUGCUGGUGCAGGUUGUUGCUUUAAUUCCUCUGAUGUAUAUGUGCGUUUGCACGUAUUAUUCGUUGCUCAAAAUUGGAAUGCUGAUGUUUUACUCAUUAACACCAAGGCAGACGAGUUCAGUUAACUUGCUUAUGAUAUGCUCGAUGGUGGCUCGAUAUGCGCCUCCGAUUUCAUACAACUUUCUCAAUCUCAUUCAACUCAAAGACAAGACAGUCUUUGAGAAGCGGAUGGGCACUAUUGAUGCUGCUGUGCCGUUUUUUGGGAAAGGAUUUAACAGAAUAUAUCCUCUUUUUAUGGUCAUUUAUACACUCCUGGUGGCAAGCAACUUCUUCGACCGAAUAAUUAAUUUCUUUGGCAGCUGGAAGAGAUUUAGAUUUCAAACAGAGGCAGAUGAUACAGACGGGUUUGACCCAUCAGGACUGAUCAUCCUUCAAAAAGAACGAGCUUGGCUAGAAGAAGGUCGGAAAGUUGGUGAGCAUGUUAUCCCGCUGGCAAGGAAUUUUAAUGGCACAGAUGUGGAGUCUGGUGGCUAUAGCAAAGACGCAACUGCUGUUGAGAUGAAGUCGGCAAGUUCAAUUCACGAAAUUACCAAGGAAAGUUCAUCCAAGUCUACAAGAGAAGAUGGUCACAGAUACGGAACAAGCAGAGAAGCCAUGAGCCACAAGUACGCUGCGAUAAGAGAACAGAGCAGACAACAAUCAAAAGCAAAUCCUGCAGAAAAGAACAUCACCUCUGCUAAAGUAUCCUUACUUGAUGGUGGCAAGUCUCAGUCCGGUAUCUCACCUGGAGAGCCAUCUUCCGGAAUAGCUGCGAAAUGGCAGUCCAUGAAGACGGGUUUCCAAAGUUUCAAGGCGAAUAUAGGAGCAAGAAGGUUUAUCCCUUUGCGCGAGGCUCAGGAAAGCAGCUCGUUGGAUCGCGUUUCUUCACACGAGUCUCUUGAUGAGAUAUUCCAGAGACUGAAGCGUCCGUCCUUGGAGCAUGGGAACCAAAGCGACGAGGAUGAAGAUGGGUCAGAAAUCAGCAUUUCACGCCCCAGUAGAUAAUACACAGAUCUUCUUUUUCUAAUGUAGAUUUACCGUGAAUCCCGUGUUCUCUCUGGGGAAUAAAUCCCUAGAUGUACAGGAUAUGGGAAGAGGGCUUGCCCAUCUCACUAAUUUCUCGGACAGUCGAAUCAUCUGGUAUAGGUUCAUUAGGUUCUUCUGUCAUAUUUGUUUGAAAUAUAGUCAUUGUCCACAGAAAAGUCGGAUGCCGGAAAGCGCGAGAGCGACCAUGGGGGUUGUAUCACCAAUGGAAGAAAUGAGAAGAUGAUGAUCAAACGUGGUAUUGGGAAGUUCCUUGUAAUUUCAAAUUGCACGACAGCCUUCUGUCAUGUGCUUCCUCUUUGCCUAAUCGAUGCUCUCGUUAGAAUUUUGUUGACAA